AUGUCUCAAAAAGCUCUUUUACUUGAGGAGGUGGGUAAGCCAUUAACCUUGGGGCGCCGGACGAUUCCAGAGGCUGGUGAGAACCAGCUACUGGUCAAGGUCCUCGUUGCGGGCCUAAAUCCUCAUGACCAGAGAACCCGCGAUGAUGGCCUCUUCGUUACCAGCAUGCCAUAUGUCAUUGCUAGCGAUAUUGUCGGCGAGGUAGUAACCGUCGGAAUCGGAGAGCACUCGGCCAAGUUCACACUUGGAGAGCAUGUAUUUGGUCACACGUAUGCUGAGGGGGGCUUCAACAAUGACUUCAACGCAGCUCAGCAAUAUGCCCUCGUUGAUGCGCGGUUCGUAGGCAGAGUUGCCGGCAGUGGGUUGAACGACGAUGAGGCAUCAACAAUUCCUGUUAUAGUUUUGGCUGCCUUCAUGGCCCUUUUUACUCCCUCCGGCCUUGGCAUUCCAGCCCCUUUGGCACCUGAGGCCAAGUCAUUUGAGUAUUCUAACAUCAGCCUCCUCGUCAUUGGAGGUGGCUCCAACACGGGACGAGCCGUUGUUGAGCUUGCAAAGUUGGCAGGAAUAGGUCAAAUCAUCGCCGUCGCUGGUAGCCAAAACGAGGAAAAGCUCAAGGCCGUUGGAGCUACCCAUGUUAUCGACCGAAGAGCUCCUGAUGUGCUGGACCAGAUCCGUGCCAUCGCUGGAGAUGAGCUAAUUUUCGCUGUUGACACGGUAAAUCCUGGCCUAGGUCAAGAACUUGGUAUCGCGGCACUAUCAAACCAGAAAAAGGGAACUUUGAUCACUCUCCGGCGACCGGACGGAGACUUUGACGCUGCUCGAAUAGGGUCCAAAGCUGCUGGAUAUGAGAGGCGGCUUGUGUUUGGGGUAUCCCCGAUCCACCCAGAGCUGACUACGAGAUUCUGGGAUGAGGUUCCUCGUUGGUAUAAGGAGGGGAAAUUUCAUCCAAGUAGCUUCGAGAUUAUUGGCGGUUUAGAUGCGGAUGCUGUGAACAAGGCGCUGGAUAAGUAUCGAGAUGGCAAUGGAGUCAAGAUGAAUAUUCACCCUUGGGAGUGA